AUGCGCCUCCUUUCUUCCCUCCGCCUUCCCCUCCUACUCGCCGCCCUCCCCUUCCUCAGCUCUGUCUCCGCCGUAGACACGCUCUACAGCGAUGUGGCAUCCUACUGCGCUCCGCCCACAUCCAUCCUCAUCAACGACUUUGCGGUCACCUAUCACCGGCCCAAUAACUCUCUCGUCUUCUAUGUCAACCUGGCAUCGACCGCCUCGGGCGUCAAUGUCGACGCCAACAUCUACGUCAAUGCGUACGGGAUGGACCUUAUCAACCGGACGGUAGAUAUCUGUCAAUUGAUCGGAGGGGCACUUUGCCCUUUGCCAACUUUGAACAUCUCAGCGUACGGAACGUUUGCUCUACCCAAUGACAUCGACAUUCCCGCUAUCGCAUAUACCGUUCCCAAUCUGGAAGCAUGGGCCCGCCUGCAGCUGCGUCAGCCUAAUGGGACCAACGCUCUCUGCGUCCAGACAACCUUAUCCAACGGUCUUACCACGGAGCACCUCGCCGUCAAGAUCGCCACCGGCGCAUUUACCGCCGUGGCACUCCUCGUCGGUCUCAUCCAUUCGGCCGCUAAUACCGCUUCGCCCGCGCAGUACCGGUGGUUUGACAUCCUCUUCCUCUUCCAAGCUGCCGCAGCUACGGGGAUGAUGAACCUCAACUACCCUGCCGCGUACAGCGCCUUCACCCGGAACUUUGCCUGGGCGCACGCCCUGUUCGGAUCGGGCGGGAUGCAGAACACCAUCAACCAGAUGCGGUACCGGACCGGCGGAUACUUGAACGGCGACAUCACCAGCAAUGUACGGUACAUCGACCGCAGCUCGAGUCCGUACAACGACUAUGUCAACAUCAACCAGAUCAUCGAGCAGCUCCAGGCGUUGGCCAAUGCUCUAUCGGGCUUCGGCAUCCCAGGUCUAUCCAAGCGGGCCCUUGAGGCUAGGCAACAACAGAUCACCGGGGUGACCAGCACGGUCGCCAACGUGGGCUCCCGCCUCGACACCACGGGUAUUCCAAUCUACGUCCAAAAUCAAGGUAUCCCUUAUCCCAACGUCAUGACUACCGUCUUCUUCUUUUUCCUCGCCUUCAUCGGCAUCUUCCUCCUCUUCCACGGUAUCGUUUUUGCCAUCUCUCGGAUCGGCGGACGGAACAUCUGGGCGCAGGAUCUCAGGAGCAAGUUCUGGCUCUGGAUGGCCGGUAACGCGCUGUUGAUGUGCCUCAUGUGGUCUUUCCCCAUCUGGCUCUUUGCCUUCUUCCAAUUCCGGAUCCGCGAUUCCGCACUCGCCAUCUUCUGGGGCGUCUUCGCUAUCGUUCUCACCUUCUUCCCCCUCCUCUUUGUCUUCAUCUUCACCAUCAUCCGCCACCGCCGUCGCUCCUCCACUAGCCCCGGCGUCUCUUUCUUGUACACCUCGUACAACUGGUUCCACUCCGGCGGCGCUCUCUACCGGGCCUACCGCCAGAAGUUUCACUGGUUCUGGUUCAUCUUCGUCCUCGCCAUCAUCGCAAGGUCCGGCUUCAUCGCCUUCGGUCCCCAGGACGGGUUUGCGCAGGUCAUCGGGAACGUCGUCGUCGAGCUUAUCGUGCUUGUCGCGCUGCUCGCUUGCCGGCCGCACAAGGACAGGAAGGGGGACUGGCUCGCGCCUUUCCUCAGCUUCUGUCGACUGGCGGCGUUUGGUCUGCUCAUUGCCUUCUUGCCCAGGGUGGGCGUCAGGCCGAUCCCAAGGACAAUCAUCGGAUUCGUGAUCAUCGUGCUGUUCGGUAUCCCCGCCGUGCUGCUGUUCUUUGGGCUUCUCUUCAACCUCGGGUACGGCUGGCUUUGGCGCCGUCACGACGACCGGAUCGAGGACGGCUUUGAGGUCCAGCGCUACGUCGCCUCGGAAGACUCCUCUCUCCGUCCCGCCAUGGUUCAAACCACCCCUCCCACCCCUCGCGAAUCGACAUACCAAGACCCGCGCGAGUCGAUGCACCGCCGGACAUCCGUCAUGGAGCCCGUCUCGAACGUGUACGAGCCCUACCCGCAGCAACAGCAGUCCGGAUACUACAACGAGCCGGCAGACUCGUCCAAUGCCUAUGCUGCAGCAGCACGGGGUAACCGGGUCUCUGCCCCUCCUGUCUCAAGGAGCGGAGCGAGUACUCCUUUGGCGGGGUAUGCGGGCGUAGGGGCAUCGACUAGGCCGAUGUCUACUGGGAGUACGACGCGGACGGGGCAGAGCCAGUACUUUACGCCGAUGGGGGAUGCUGGGAAUGGUGAUAAUAGGAGGUGGAGCAGGGACCAGUAUUUCGAGACGAAUCAAGGAGAGCAGGGUCGGUAUUGA